CAAUAUAUCUGUCAUUGUACUGUCUACGUAAUGGUUGGUUGCGAGUAUCAGGUUCUGAACUUCAAAACAGCCAGCUAAAAGGCAGUGGAGCAUAAUGUUUUUAACAACAGUAUUACUCCGAAAGAGAAUUCCUGGAAAACAGUGGAUUGGAAAAUACAGGCGACCAAGAGUGGUUACCCUUUCCAUGAAGCAAGCAAUGAUCCGAAGGUUGGAAAUCGAAGCAGAGAAUGAAUAUUGGCUGAGUCGACCUUACCUGACACGAGAACAGGAGUACAAACAUAACACAGAAGAGAGGCGUGCAAAAUGGGAAGCUUUGAAAAGCCUGUUGAAAGCCAAGUUUCCUGAGCAUAGAUACAUCAGCGAUCAUUUAAACCACUUAAAUGUGUCGAAAAAGUGGACAUCUUGAAUAAUACAGCAUACUUAUAUUUGGCAUGUAUUAUGCAGUACCACGGGAUCUGCUGUUGUACCUAUUAUGGUAGUUUUGUAAUUCAGUAUAAUAAGGGUAGAUGACAAAUGAGACUUUGCUACGGUAUACAAAAUCUUACAUUAAAAGUAGUCCUACAGAACAGUGU